AGGAAGGCCACUCCACCUAUUGCCAAUUGGUUUUAAGUUGGAUGCAAACCUUGUGUUGAGCCAGCAUGCACAAUUUUCACAAUAAUGGAUCCAUUGACUAUGAGGAACUUAAAAAGUGCUUAGAAAAACUGCAACUUCAUUUAUCUGAAGAGGAGGUUGAGGAUCUGUUCUAUUCCUGUGACGUUGAUGGGAGUCAAGGAAUACAGUUCAAUGAGUUCAUUGUUCUCCUGUGUAUCAUCUAUCUUCUAAUGGAACCUGAUUCCUCUCCGGAUAUAGCAUCCACGACAUCUAAGAUGGGUUCACCAGAUAUUGAGUCCACUUUCAAUACUAUUGUUGAUGUAUUCUUGUUUCUUGACAAGAAUGGAG